AUUUUGCGUGGGAACCCCAAGAUCACCAAUCCUUUUCUAUCCCAGUUAACUUUCACAGCUCCUCUAUUUGUGUCAGAAGUAAUUCGUUCCGGGAAUGUAAGGUCCUAAGCAAUAGUCACACUGCCUAGUUUUCCUAUUUCGAAAUCAGGAAACGCUUACAUGGCUGGUCAGUGUUAGGUUUUGAUGGCUUCGCCCAAUCUCUCUUCAAAUGGUUCCACCAGCAAGUCUAGCUUUUGCCUUAUUCGAACCCAUUUUCGUAGCUUCCAUAUGUCUGGCAGCUAAAUUCUAAGAUGGCGGAUUUGUCGUCACAUGAUUAUUUGAAUUAGUCCUAAGCAUUCCAUCUUUCAUUCUCUAAAUGUUGUUAAGUUAUUUUAUCCGUUCUUAAUUUUUUAUGCACCUGUUGAAUCAGUUUGGCCGUCUUCGGCCGAAUUGCAUUUCAUUGACUUGCGUUGACAUCAGUCUUAACUUGAUACUAUAAAUAGCCUGAGAGCCUGCACUUCAUUGCAAGCCCAAUAGUUCCUACGAAAUCUCUACUGCCUCAAGAAAAAUUUCUGAAGUGUUCCUUUGUCUUCUUUCUUUUUUGCCCACCUGAAGCAUAAGAGAGCAUCGUCAACUUUUUCAACCAUGGCAUCGUCCAUUAUCUUCAUGACCUUAGCCUUAGUUGCAGCAUCUGUUCCUGCAUCGGUGAUGGGCACUGAUUUCAUGGUCGGAGAUGACAAGGGCUGGACCCUCAACUUCGACUACCAAGCCUGGGCCGAGGGGAAGCAGUUCUACGUUGGCGACAAGCUCGUUUUCAUGUAUGCGGAGGGCGUGCACAAUGUCUUGAAAGUCAAUGGGACUGGUUUCCAGCAGUGCGCGGCGCCGGCGGGCACCGUGGCUCUCACCACCGGGAAUGACGUCAUUCCCCUAGAAACCCCUGGAAGGAAGUGGUACAUCUGUGGCGUCGGCAAUCAUUGUGCGGUUCGCAACAUGAAGUUCGCCAUAACCGUGCUGCCCAAAACGGCAUCGCCCGCGCCCGUGCCCGUGCCUACAGCACCUGAAGUCUCGGCAGCCGGAGGAAGCGUCGUGCCUCGAUAUUAUGCCUUGAUCACGGCCGUUGUCAGCGUUAUUGCAAUGGUCAUCGUUUGAUGUACAUUAAAUCAGUCAUUCAUCCUGUUCGUCCUUUCACUCGGUGUUUGAUUUAUUCGUUUGUAAUCUUUGCAUUAAUUUUCAAAGUCUGGUCUGUGAAGGUAUUCUUUCAUUACGACAUAGAAAAUACAUUUGUUUUAGCCA